AUUGUUAUUGUUAAUGAAAAUAAAUGAAAAAAAAAGAAAGAUGCACACUAAAUCAUUAAAUCUAGAAUCUAGAUCGACUCUACUAUGGAAUCUAGAUAAUUAGAUCUAUACAUAAAUUACCCUAGAGCCUACAUGAAUUUAUCUAGCUAUUUCAAUUAUUUUUUAAAUGAUUGAACACAUUUUCUACCAUCUGAAUCUACUUGACUUCUAAAUGGUUGUGACUGACUCCUUUUUGUUCCCUCCUUCUGCUAUGAUGAAGGUCAGAGUAACGAAUAUGAAUGGCGUGGACACCAUUGUUGAUGUUGGUAAAGACUGGACAUGUGAUAAAGUAAAACUUGCUUUGGAACAUUUGUUGGACCUACCCCCUGCAUUGACAGGCUUGUCAGCAGAUCCUCUGAAAAACUCACUGAUGUUUAAGUUAGUUCUAGUGAGAACUGGAAAAACACUUUUUGAUGAAGGCACUUUAGCACAACAGGGAGUCAGAGAAUUUGAUGAGUUACUGUUGCUUAGAAAAAGAAUGAAUGUACCGCAUUUGGAAACAGAGAGACAAAGAGAUGAGAAAAAAGCUCCUGAUAUUUCAACUAUACGUAAGGCCACAGCACAUCUACCGAAGAAAAAUCAUGAUCUACCCGAAGAAGAACCAACCUCUAGUCUCGAUUUUCAAAGUGAACUUCGAAGGAUACUUAUAUCAUUAAUAGAAGCAUCACAACGUGUUUUAUGUCUGAACCCAGAGGCUGCAAAAAUAUUUCAACAAGCUGAAGACAUGUUGAAUGAAGCCCCUACGAGGAAAACUGGUUUGUCUGAAGCUAACAUAAAACAAUUGACAGAUAUGGGCUUUCCAGCUCAUAGAGCAAAAAAAUCUCUUUUGUUAAACCAACAGUCUGUAACAGCAGCCAUGGAGUGGCUUCUUGCUAAUGAAUCUGAUCCCGAUAUUGACAAGCCUCUGCCAGGGGAAGACAAUGAUGAGGGGGAAGUUGAUGCUGCACCAAGUGAGCCUACAGUACCUGAGAGUGAUGAUCAGCAGGGGGCCACCGGUGGAGCUGAGGGGCCAAGGUUUAAAAACAUCUUAGAAACCAUUCGUGCCUUUCAGCGCAGAGAAUUCAGACCCAAUCCUAUAGCUCUACAAAAUCUUCUUGAGAUGGGCUUUGCUGAGAAGGAAGCUAUCCAUGCCCUGCGGUUAUCUCGUAACAGUCAAGAAGCAGCUUGUGACUGGUUACUGAGUGAUAAAAAGGAAAGACCAGAUAGCAUAGACCAAGGCUUAGAUCCCAACAGUCCUGUCUAUAAGGCCAUCUUAGCACACCCUAGUGUACAGCUUGGCUUGAACAGUCCCAGGUGUUUAUUAGCCUUCUUACAGAUGUUAGAGAACCCGAUAACAGCCAGUCAAUGGUUGAAUGACCCUGAGACUGGGCCCUUGCUAAUGCAGAUCUCAAGAAUUUAUCACUCAGAAAAACUUACACCUUUCAAUAGUGAACCAUCGGUUGAUACUGACAGUUGAUAUAAGGCAUAACUUCUGAUUGUCUGAUAUUAUUGUAAAUAUAUCUGUGAAACUUCUAGCUGAAUAUGAUGUUCAUGAAUUGUAAUUGUUUAACUGAAGAGCAUUAUUUAAAAUUUGACUCCCAUCUAAAUUUAUGAUAACUAAAAGUUAUCUAAAUUUGUCUUGUUCUGCAAACAACCUUUUGUUUGUCUUACAGCUUAUUUUGUCAUAUGGUUGCUGCUAUGUAUUCUUUAUACAAUACCUCCUUCCCAAUUUUAUGUAAGCACAAUACCACUGUGUGCACUACAAAUGAGGCUGAGAAUGCACAUAGCUUUUUGACUGUGCAAACAUGGCACAUUUUGCUUUCACUAAAUCAGGGUUUAACUGAUCAUUUAAUAAAUGGUUCAGUUAAUACUGAGCUAACAUGCCUCUAACAAGUUGAAUUCUUUGGUAUGUGUGGUCCACUAAACCAAUGAAUUCAAUGAUUUAUUAAUAGCUAGAGGGCUCAAAAUCAACACAUCAACCUUGGCUGUUCCUUAAGGAGCUGUAAAAUUACAACCACCCAGUAAAAAACCUUGAUGAUUUUGUCUGGUCUUGUGGCAGUGUACUUUUUGUAGGGUGGUCCUUUGAAAAGUUCAUGUUCUGUUCAAAUAGUUUUUCUUUUCUCUGUACCCACUCCCCCCCCCCUCCCCCUCCCAUUACAGUCUCUAGUUCUUCUGCUUUUCAGUAUUGUUAGAACAGUUUGUGGAAGUUGACUUCCUUUCAGAACCAAAGUGACCAACUUUUUAGGUUAUUAAAUUAGAGUGAGUCAAAUUUUAAAAUGCUGCCAGUAAAUGUACAUAGUAAAUGUUUGUGACAAGACUUAGGUGCUAUAGAUGUUUUUGUUAUCAAGUUUUUUCUUUAUUGGCAUUUAAAUUCAUUAUUUAUGGGGGAAAAAAAAAAGGAAAAAGUCAAGUUUGUGAUCAACAGGCUGUGCUCCAAGGAUUGUUUUUUGUUAAUUCAUUCUUUUGUCAAUGUUUUUCUAACAUUCUUUUCUUUCUACUCAUGCUUUUUAAAUUUUCUCAUUGAAACCUCUCAAGUUUGCACUAAAACAAGGUUCUGUCUCGCUCGAUGUUACGUGUUUCUCUGAUCCAGAUGAAAACUUGAUUGGAAUGUACUUAUACAAAAAUGUAAUUGGUCUGUGUUGAGAUAUUUCUUCUCUUUGGCUGGUUGAUGGAAAAGAUGUUUUUUAAAUUAUACUUUUAUUUAUUAUAAGAAAUAAAUAAUAAAUAUGACAAAGGAAAAUGGUUUCAAACAAUGAAGCAAAGUUUUGUUUUAAUGUAUAUGCUUAAAAAUUAAUGCUUGUUUUAAACCAUUGUGUGAUAAAGCAAAGGGACCUAAUAAAAACAGAUCUGGUAUUGAUUGUAUUAUGAUUGAUAGCAUAGAAAAAUAAAACAGCUGAUACAAAUACUUAGUAGCCCUUUUUCUUGCCACUAUAUUAGAUUGGCUUUCACUGUAGUAAUGAAGAAAAAGAAGCAUAUUUAUUGUAGCUUUUGAAACAUAAUUUGUUAAUGUGAUUUCAAACAUGUUUCUAUUUUAAUCCCAUAAUGGUAGCUAGUCAAAUAGUGAGACAUUAUAUUAUUUUAUAUUAAGGAGUAAGCAAUUUAAAAUUUAAUAAAAAUACUUUCAAUGUGUAGAAAUUCUUGUUAUUUCUUUGCGAUAAAAACACUAGACAGAGAUUUAACCUUUGAAAUAACGUUUUUUUCCAAAUAGGCCUGCUGUCUUUCCAACUUUUAAAAAUGUGUAAAGUAUUCAGAAAUAUUUGUGUAGGGUGUACAACUUCUAAAAAUGUUAUAACGCAAGAGUAGUUUAUCUUUUUUAAUAUUUUAGCUUAUAAUUUACCAAAGAAAAAUGAUAAAAUCUUGACACUCAUUAUCAGUUCUAGAAUAGAAACAAGAAAAUACUGGAAACCAAAAACAAAUUAAUUAAGUUUCCCACAUUUCUUGAAAUUGGGUGAAAAAUUUAGUUGAGAAAUCCCACCUACAGUUGUGAAAGUAUUAUCAUCUGAAGUAUUACUAUUUGUAGUGCUGGAUACACCUUGUGCUUAAAACUUGGAGUAACUAUUAGUAUAUAAAUUAGUCUUAGCCAUUCAAAGAUACCUGAUUUGACUUGAAGAACAUUUGAUUGAGUGUGCUCAGCAUUAUGUUAUGAAUUGUACCACUUUGAGCAUAUUGAACAUUUUUAGGUUGAUGACUAUGGAAUCAGUCUUGUAACAUCCUUAACCCUUAAAAUGCUGAGCUGUUUUAAUUACUAUUGUGUUGUUUAGAGGCUCAACUACCACAUGCGUUUUAAGGGUUAAGUUGAAAGUUAAGAUUAAUUUCUUUUUUGCCUUUUCUUGAUUUGUAUUUAUUAGAUACAAUAAAAGAUUUAAAAUAUUAUACAUGAAUUUCUAUAAAUAUCUGUAAAACAAGUUUCUCAUUUUUUUAGAAAAGAUUUUAAGAUAGGAAACCUGUAUAUCUUUUAAAAUGUUCAAAUACUGAAUUUCUAAAAGGAUUUUAAAUUUUCAAAUGGUGUCUGGUCAUUUUUUUCCUCAAUUAAAUAUUUGCUUCUAAGUCAUUGUGUUAUGGUGCUGUUAGGACUUAGGCUUUAAGCACUGAUGUGUUGAUUUCUACUUAGGCUUGAAGCACUGAUGUGUUGAUUUCUACUGAUUGUUUUGAUCUGUUCUUAUAGUGUUCCUCUCUCCUCCCCAUUUAUUCUAAAGUUUAGAGCAUGGAGAUCUAAAAUAAUAAGACAACUAUGAAAACUGUUGUCAAGUGUUUUGGCUCAUUCGAUGUAGAGGAUGUCAAUGUUAUCCAGCACAAACUGCAUCAAAGCUUACUAAAGUUCUCGCCAGGUAAGUGCUGAGAACUAGGGGAGGUAAUUGGGUAGAAUCUAUCCAUUGGAGGAUCUUGUAAUCAAAGGCCAAAGUGUGGUGAAAGUAGUGAAAAUCUUUUGAGACAAGCAAAAAUAGUUGCUUUCUUGUUUUCCAUGACAGUUACUGGAUUGGUUGUGGAGUAGCAACUGUUGGUUUGCUGAUGGUACUUUCAAAGUUGUCCCCUGUUUAUUUGACCAACUUUACACAAUUCCUUUCCAGUUUGCACAAGCUGUGGUUUGCUGUAUUGCUUCAUCCAGGACAAAACAAAUGCAGAUUGUUGGAAGCAGUUCAAGAACCCAAAGUCAAUGAAUCGGCCAUUAAAAGGAAUUAUGACUAUAUAUGUGGAAUGGUAAGGUGUCAUCCAGUUUUGGCCUACGUUUGCAAAGAUCAUACUAUUGAUUCCUUUGAAUGACUUGCAGAGUGAAUGCCACAACAAGAUAAGAUGUCAGAACGGCUAUUUUACUAUGUGGUUGCAGACAGUGCAGCAGUGAGAAAAAUGCUUUUUCUUUAUUCCCUCCUAAUACAUGGAAUAAACAAUAUGCUGUGGACGGUUGGCAUCAUGCUCUCCUCUCUCUAUUCUCAUGUCAUCAUCCAACAAUGUGGACAUUGUUAAGAUAGUCAUCAGUUCAAAGAAAUAUGCAACACUGGCCAAAAGAAUAACAAUCAUUUUCUGUACCUAGGAUCCUUAGCUUACCUGUCUUACUGAUUAACAUCAACACACUCAAACAAUAUUUACAUUAGAUCAAUAUUGAUAUUGAAUGUUUUUUUUUUAUGACAUUAAAUUUUAAGUUUAUUUAUUGUGCCAUUGUUUUUGUCAGGUAAAUAAAAAUAAAUAUUUGAAAUAUUGCUGACUUCAUAAUUUUUUUAUUUCAUAUUUGUUGGAUAUAAAGAUAAAGAGGAUUAUAUGAUUAGGGGAUGAAGUGACUUGAGUUCUUUUCAGAUAUUGAAACUUUUAUAGUGUUACUUUAGGAUUCUUUUUGCAGCUAUUGAAUGAAGUUGUCAUUACUAUUGUUCUAAGCAAAUCACUUUUUAAUAAAGUUAUCUUUUUUAAAAGGUUUGGAAAUCAUUUCAUGAAAAUAACUUUGUAUUUAUUUUCCCAAUUCUAUCUGUGGGGCAUAGUCACUUAUCAGACAAAUGUUUCUACAGAUAUUUGUUUAAACUAACAAAAAAUAUCACCAGAUAAUAGUAACAUUAGUUUACAUUAAUUGUUUUUCGUAUACUGUCCUCUAUAACUUUUUUAAAUAUUCGUUAUUGUAAGUUUUGAUGUUUGUCACAAAGCGGAUGCUGUGCAGUUUUCUACAUCACAGUUUUUCUGUAGAGUGUUCAUUUAUAUUGUAAAUACAUUAUGACUUCAUACGCAGAGAUGCUAUGUAAUGUUCAAA